UAAAAAAUAAUCAGACAUGAAAAUGCAGCUUAAAAUGUUUUUAUUGUUUCAGAUUUUUAUUGAAGAAUGGAGGAAGAGGGUAGGAGCUCUCAAGAGGAGGAGAUCAUGCAGGAUGAAGUGGAUGCGAUCAUUUUAGUACAUCCCAGAAACUGCUUGGAAAAAAUUUUGAAGAUGAUUUGUGGUGAACUGAUUGCCUCAUUCGUGCUACUGAGUGGUAAACAACAUUAUAUAAUAGCCGUUUGCGAAAGUGCUGGGAUGGUAGAUAUUGAUAUUCGCCGAAUUAUGAACUCAUUUGAAGUGUUCAGUAAAGAAAUCACAGUGAAUCGGCUUGUGAGGGGACUCAUAGUACCACAUUUAGCUAGAAAACGCCUGCUUCUUCUUCAUGCCAGGUUCUGUUACAACUUGGCUGUUAUGUUGCUGGUCAGAUCGGAAAAACUACUGCGUGACGUCAUUUCCUUGAAGACAUCUUUGCGAUCAAAGAGAAGAUUUGAACAACUGUUGAACCUGGAUUUUUGUUUUGACGAAGAUGAGCCUUGGCCGACAUUCGUCUUUGAGGAGCUACCUCCUUUGUCUCCUCUGGAGAGAAUAACAGACCAGGAUCCGGGACUCUACCUUCUAGAAACUCUUGAAAGAAGUGGAGCUUUGGAACAGCAUUUGCUCCCCGAGGAUGAACCUAUGAGACCAGUUGAAAUAGAAGAAGCACCCAACUUUGGAAUGCCUGCUGAAAUUAUUUGGGAUACCGAUGCAAUUAUCAAUUGGCUUCCUGAAGAAUUGAGACCGUCUUCAUUGUUUGGACAGGAGCUAAAUGAACCUGAGCAGAAAAAGCUAUUCUGCUCAAUUUGCAGAUUUUCAAUUCUUGAAAAAUGCCUGAUGGCAGUUGGUUAAUAAUGGCAAAGUGCAGCAAGCACUGCCGCCGGCACCAGCUCAAGAACCUGAACCUCCGCGUCCUAGACCACCGCUGCCGCCGACACCAGCUGAAGAACCUGAACCUCCUCGUCCUAGUCCACCGCCUCGACCCAGACGAGUGCAACCAGUU